AUGGCAGACGAUUUGAGGAGGAAAAUCGCUUUGUCCCAGUUUGAGAGAGCUAAAAAUGUGCUAGAUACAACGUUCCAAGAAGCAGAUGAGGAUGAAGAAAACGAUGGUGAUGCAUUAGGAUCCCUUCCGUCGUUCAAUGGUGGGCAAAAUAGGAACAAAAUUCAUGAGGUCGAAAAUGGCGAUCUUGCUGGAGGUCUUCCAAGUAAGGAGAAGAGUAGUUUACCCAGUUGGAAGGAUUUUUUUGAUAAUAAGGAACUGGUAAAGUUUACUGAGAGGGGUCUCAACAUAAAUACCUAUUACACAUUACCUUCUUCAUCGCCAUCUGAUACUACUUCAAUUCCCAUAUUUAUUUUCCAUCACGGGGCAGGCUCCUCAGGUUUAUCGUUUGCAAACUUGGCCAAACAGUUAAAUAUUAAACUCGAAGGGAAAUGCGGAUGCUUCGCAUUUGAUGCCAGAGGCCAUGCGGAAACAAGCCCCACGAAGAUUGGUAAUCCUAUGAAUUUUAAUAGAGAUUCUUUUAUUGAGGAUUUCGUAGGCCUAUUGAAUUAUUGGUAUAAGUCAAAAAUAAGCCAAGAGCCACUUCAGAACGUGUCUAUUAUUUUGGUCGGUCAUUCCCUUGGUGGAAGUAUAUGUACUUUUGCAUACCCUAAAUUAUCAACAGAAUUACAAAAGAAAAUUCUUGGUAUUACUAUGUUAGAUAUUGUAGAAGAGGCUGCUAUUCAGGCUUUAAAUAAGGUUGAACAUUUUCUGCGGAAUACACCGAAUGUGUUCAGGUCAAUCGAUGACGCAGUCGAUUGGCAUGUUCAGCAUGCAUUAUCGAGAUUGAGGACAAGUGCAGAAAUUUCUAUACCAGCUCUAUUUACUCCGGUUAAGUCGGAGAAAGUUGUGAGGAUUACUAAUCUAAAAACCUUUAGCCCUUUCUGGGAUACAUGGUUUACAGGCCUAUCACACUCCUUCGUAGCUCUACCUGUAAGUAAAUUAUUAAUAUUGGCGGGAAAUGAAAACCUAGAUAAAGAGUUAAUUGUUGGGCAAAUGCAAGGUAAGUACCAACUAGUUGUUUUCCAAGACUCGGGUCAUUUUAUUCAAGAAGACUCCCCCACGAAGACAGCGAUUACUUUAAUUGAUUUCUGGAAACGGAAUGAUUCUAAGAACGUAGUAAUCAAGACUAAUUGGGGUCAACAUAAACCGAUGCAAAAUAAGUAA